UGUAGGAGUAAGAGGAGCAGGAAGAAAGGAGGAGGAGGAGGAAGAAAGGAGGAGUGGAUGGUCCGGGCCUGAGCCGGGCGGCGCCGGCCGGCAUGCCCCGCUCCGACCCUCACCGACCAUGAGCGGCCGCCCGGGGAACCUCAGCGCGCCCGCCGGGGACGCCGGGGCCGUCAUCGUGGCCGAGGCCAUCGCCAUCAUAGUCAUCGCCGUCUCCGUCUGCCUGGGCAACCUGGUGAUCGUGGUCACCCUCUAUCGCAAGUCCUACCUCCUGACGCUCAGCAACAAGUUCGUCUUCAGCCUGACCCUCUCCAACUUCCUGCUGUCCGUGCUGGUGCUGCCCUUCGUCGCCACCAGCUCCAUCCGGCGCCAGUGGAUCUUCGGGGUCGUCUGGUGCAACUUCUCCGCCCUCCUCUACCUGCUCAUCAGCGCGGCCAGCAUGCUGACCCUGGGCAUCAUCGCCAUAGACCGGUACUACGCCGUGCUGUACCCCAUGGUGUACCCCAUGAAGAUCACCGGGAACCGGGCGGUGCUGGCCCUGGCCUACAUCUGGCUGCACGCCCUGAUCGGGUGCCUGCCGCCGCUCUUCGGCUGGUCGGCCCUGGAGUUUGACGAGUUCAAGUGGAUGUGCGUGGCCGCCUGGCACCGGGCGGCGGGCUACACGGCCUUCUGGCUGGUCUGGUGCGCCCUGCCGCCCUUCCUGGUCAUGCUGGUCUGCUACGGCUUCAUCUUCCGGGUGGCCCGGGUCAAGGCCCGCAAGGUGCACUGCGGCACGGUGGUCCUGGCCGAGGGGGCCGGCCGGCGGGACGGCCGCAAGAGCUCCAGCGCCUCCACCUCGUCGGCGGGCAGCCGGAGGCCCGGCCCGCCCGGCGCCGUCUUCUCCUCGGCCAGCCAGUGCAAGGCCCUGGUCACCGUGCUGGUGGUCGUCGGGGCCUUCGCGCUCACCUGGGGGCCCUACGCGGUGCUCAUCGCCUCCGAGGCGCUCCGCGGCCCCAACAGCGCGGCCCCGGCCCUGGAGACCCUGGCCACCUGGCUGUCCUUCACCAGCGCCGUCUGCCACCCGCUCAUCUACGGGCUCUGGAAUAAGACGGUGCGGAAGGAGCUGCUGGGCAUGUGCUUCGGGGACCGCUAUUACCGGGAGCCUUUCGUGCGGUGCCAGAGGAACUCCCGCCUCUUCAGCAUCUCCAACAGGAUCACAGACCUGGGCCUCUCGCCCCACCUGACGGCCCUGGUGGCGGGCGGGCAGCCCCUGGGCCACAGCAGCAGUAGCACCGGGGACACCGGCUUCAGCUACUCUCAGGACUCAGGAACAGACGUGAUGCUGCUGGAAGAUUAUCAUUCCGACGAGGCCUCUCACCCGCCCGCUGUUUUUCCUCCGCGGAGGAAGAGCUCCGUGACGUUUGAGGAUGAAGUGGAACAGAUUAAAGAGGCCGCCAGGAACUCGGUCGUGCACGUGCGAGCGGAAGUGCACAAGUCCCUGGACAGCUACGCGGCCAGCCUGGCCAGAGCCAUCGAGGCCGACGCCAAGAUCAGCCUGUUCGGAGGCGAGGCCCUGCUGGGCGUCCCGGGCCCCGGGCGGACGGUCGCGGGGGGUGGGCUCGGGGGCCGGCGGGGCAGCAGGACCCUCGCGGGCCAGAGGCUGCAGCUGCAGAGCAUCGACGAAGGCAGCGCCUGAGCCCGGGGCCGGAGAGGAGGGGGCCCGGAGCCCCGCCCCGGGGGAGAACGGCCGGCGGGACGGGACCCUCGCUCGGAGAGCGGCGCCGAGGCGACGGCCCGGAGGGCGUCGCUCUGGGCCGGUGCCGGGGUCCUGGGCAGCCACAGCGGGUGGCCAUUUCCGGGCCACUUCUUUCAGGUCUUCCCCGCCCAGGCGGAGCCGCGUCUCUUCCCGCUGCCCGUCGGGGUGAGCUCUUCUUCCGAGGGGAUGCCAGAGCUGGCGUGGGGAGAGAAGAGGGGGCUCUGGGUGGUCCCUGGGGUCGGGGGACCGCCGUAGAAUCCGUCGACCCGUUUGUCCCGGUCUCCCUCUGGCGGGUCUAGAGGCUUGACGUCCUGUGGGAUGCGCUUGGAGAGAAAGAAUUCCUCACGCUGCACCCUCCCCGUCACACUCCCAGCGACCCCGUGCUGCUGCAGCAGCAAGGGGGAGGGCCGUGGGAAGUCCGGGGUCAGGCGUCCUCGGGCCCGGGGCCGAGGGGGCCAUCUCUGUGGGUACGGCAGACGAGCCACCCUUCGGGUCCCGGAGACAUUCCUGCCGGGUGAGGGGCCGGCUGCCGGGAUGGGAGAGUCCCGGUUUUCUCCGAAGGGCACGGGGAGGGCCGGGAGUCGGUCCGGGCCGCAGACCUAGCUGGUCAGCUGGCCCACCGGUACAGAGGGGCCCCUAAGGAAGCUGGGGGGACGACGGGAGGAGAAAGAGGAGUCCCGCCCUUCCCUCCUGAGAACUUGAAUUUCACACCGGAAAGAUCGGUCCUCCGCAUUAAAGGGGGUACGCGCCCACACGAUCACGGGGCGGUGCCGCUGUCGUCGUCGGGAGGAUUCGCUCUGUGGGCAACCCUGGGGGAGGAAACGACGGGACAAGAAAUCUGUGGGGAGACCGGAGCAGCCUUCUGACCCCCGGUAAACCCCGGGGCGGGGUGGCCCGCUGAACCGAAGUCAGGAAAGGAAGUUGACACAGGGGGAAGGUUGCCUAUAUUCAGGGAGCUCGGACCGGGCAGACAAAACCCCAAGUUAUGUGGGCUCCUCUGGCUCGCCUCCCCUAAAGCUCCUUCCUUGUUGAACCUCAGAAUUCCUACGGUAGUCCGGGUGGGAAUCCCCCCCCCACAACCCCUCGGCUGGACAUUUUCCCGGCACCCUCCUCCCUCCAGGACCUCCAAGCUGCCCCGCAGAGAGCGAGUGAAACAACUCCAAUCCGCCCUCCUCGCCCUUCCCCUGCGGGGCCCAUCUCUGGGCCCGUGGGCCCGGGAUCGUCCGCGGGGCUGCCGUCAACUCGAAGGAGUCUUUUACUUUUAGCCGAGUUCUCCGAUUCGGAGGGUUCGAGCACUGGUAGCCUGCCUGAUUGACCCAGCCGGCGUGGGAGACGGAGUGAGGGUGGGGAGUGGGGUGGCGACACCUUGGGUGGGAUGGCGGUUUCGUUCUCUCAGCUGGCGCCCUUGGCAUCCCCGGGCUCCCGAGGAGAAUCGCGGCUUCACCCCAAACCCUCUCCGCCCCGAAGCCCACCCAGACUGGGGCUCUGCCCCUUGGCCCAUUGGAGCAGAAAAUCACCAGUGGAAACCCUGGGGCUAGAAGAUUUGCUCACGGGGGAGAGGAGGAGGAGGUUUGGGCAUUAAAGGCAGACGGGAGAGGGGGAAUCGGCAGCGCCGGAGAAAGAUCCUUCCGAUUGGACCCGGGGAGCGGCAGACCCUUCCCGCCCCGGUGGCCGCCAACUGGCCUGAAGGAGCCGAUUCCAUCGCCGGGAUGAACACGGAGCCCGGAGGUGGAGGCUGGAGAGAAGGUUGGGUUCGGCACAUAAGAUGGAGACCCGGCCUUCCCAACACGGACAGGCCAGCGGAAACCGAGUCACGACUCCCCGCCUGGGUCUGCUCGGGCUUUAGCGAUCCCUCGGGGGGCACGGGGGCCGAGGAGGGUGGGGUUGGGGGAGGGUCAGGCAGUCAAAUCCAGGAAGGAGCACGAGGGGCUUCAGGGGUCCUCUGAGUCAAGGCCGGUGGCGGCUGCUGGAGUGGCGGGUGGUUUCCUUCGGGCCCGAGCCCACCCGGGGCACGUAAAACACAAUCUCUGCCGGUGCUAUUUUCACUUUCUUCCAGCCCCACGCGUCCUUGCUGAAUGGUGCUGCGGGUCAUUUCCGUUCCAUUUCGUCCCCGGCAAGCGAAAAGCCUCCAGUCACGCCAGAAGCCGUGGGAUGGGGGAGUUUACUCCAAGUGGCCUCGGCCACCGGGUGAGAGACUUCACGCUGGCCUACCGGGUGCCAAGCAGAGCGGCCAGGGAGGGCAAAAUCAGCCUUCCGGAACCGCGUUCGAUCCGGACCCCGUCCGCCGUCUUCCCCAAAGGAAGCGAGGAGGAGGGGCGGGAUUACGUCAGUAUUUAUAAGGCCGGAAGACUGUACCUAAAGCAGCUCGACUUACCUGAUUAAAUGCCCAUUUCGGUAA